UGUAAGUUCAGUAAGUUUUUAAACUCUAUCGCUUUGUGAAUACAUUUCAAAUAUGAAUUUUGUUGUCUUCGUGUUUUUUGCGUUUGUCGCAAAAGAAAUUAUGGCCGAUCCACAACUGAAGACCUCAAUAAUAUUACAGCAAGGAAUAUUAGCAGAAUCGGAAAACUUUGUCACAUCGGUGCCACAACAACAACAGCUUCUUGGCAACACAGAUGUGGAAGUUUACGGUGCAAGUUUGGGACACAGAAAUAGCGACAUGAGAUCACUUUUGGGUGAUGUCUCAUCUGGAAUUCAAACGUUAAAGUAUAUUAUUCGUGCCUCCACGAAUACCGUAUUGCAGAAGAUCUCAACGAAUAACAUUAUUAUGAACUACAAAGACGAUUUGAGACCUGAGAUACUGUAUAACGUUCCCGAUAAAAAUUUGACAAACAUAUUCAAUGCACUUGUGGAAAUGAAUAAUGCAACGGACAAUUUUAAAAAUGAUGUAUUGCAAUGCGAACGAGAAUUGGUUGUGCUAAUGUUUCCGAGAACGUUUCAAAAUUUAGUAGAACAAAUUCGCCAGUUAAUACCAUAUGCUCCAGAAAGUCGACAAGCUUUUAUAAACAAGAUUUCAGAAGUUAAAACAUAUAUUAUAAAUCCAAUAUUGGAAGCGGUAGUCACUUCUUAUCACGGUAAACAUCUUCAAGAAUGCAUCUUUAUCGCUUAUGAUAAAUGCUUGAGAGCCCGACAAAAGGGACAUACUGUCAUUUUUACUGCGACAGGUUCAAUCCCCAGACACUAAUUUUAAUAGUAUUUGGUCAGGUUUUAAUUAGUCUUUGGUACUAUUUUUCCUGUAAACAACCGAAAUUCAACCAAUUCAAAUAAAUUUUGAGAAAAAACAAA